CGCGGUAUUUGUGUAGUAUGUUGCCAAAGCACAGAGUUUCAGUUCUCGUUUCGAUACGGCUUGAGUUCAAAUUUCGAGAAUAAGAAAUUCUUUUUUUGCUGAUUUACACAUCUAUUGAAAUUGAACGUUGUGUGGGUAAAUGUUUUAUCGUUGAGUGGCUAUGAAUUGGUGAGCUGGGUUUAUACAAUCGCAUUUUCUAACGGAGUUUUUUCGGCGGUAUACGUUAAAGCCGAUUUUCUCGAGAAUUUCUCACUGGAACAGCGUGCACAUUUCAGCCAUUUCAAAGUCGGAAUCAUUGGAACACCAACAUGCCAAAAACAGCGAAACGAUCCAAACUCAAAGCUGGAGAAAUAACCUACGAGUCUCUAUUCGCUCAGGAAAUGAAGACUGACCAACCGAAUGACACAAACAAAUCCGAUUUAUCUCAGUGCACGAAAACUGACUGCAAAAUUCUCGAUAUUAUCGCAGUGUCGGGUCAGAACAAUCGACAAACGAUGCCGAUAACCCAGCCGAUACUUGCACCGUUAUGGCAUGAACCGUCCAACGAUGACGCCACGGAGAAGACAAUGUAUUAUGUACGUGGCACCGAUGUGGAUCUGAAUAAAUUGGACGAAACUGGUUUGGCGGGCGGUAGUGACACCGAACCACAGAUAGUGUACAAAGUUGUGCCGAACACACAUGCGCAUGUCAUUCGAUAUGUGAUGGCUGAGGAUGACGAACCAAUUAACGAGAAUGAAAUCCUCGAACUAGUCGACAUAUCCAAAGAUCGAAGGAGGGUGGUUCGAUGCAAGACUGGCGAUAGCAUAUCUCCUGCAACCAUCAAAACGGAGAAGCCUGAACAGAGUAAAUCAACAAGUCCGUUAAAGGAAAAUACAGAUUUGAAAGACAAAUGCCGGGUACUUGAGUUAAAAUGUAAAUGGUCCGAUCAGAAGAUGGCCGAAAUGCAGGCAGAAAUGAAGAAGCUGAAACAAGAGAUGAUGGAAAUCCGGCAAAGUCAGAAUCCCGCACCGAUGCUUGUACAAAAACAGGGUCCGAAAAAGGUAGCGGAACAGAUCAAAAUAAUCGAAAAUCGUCAAAUCAAAGAGGAAGCGGCCUGGGAGGAGGAUGAUGCUGAAUAUUUGGAUGUGAUGAUGCUCGACGAGGAAUUUGUUGAUGAUGAGGAGGACGACAGUCACAAUGAUUAUUGAAAAAAUGAAUAAAAAUCAAAAUC